AAAAUGAAUGUUGUUAUGUAAAACUAUUAAAAGUGUAAAAAAUUUCAAUUUCAUUUUCAAUUAAAUUCAAAAAAUAGUCAACUGUAAGUGAAAGUUUAACUUAUUACUAUUUCAAAGGAAUAAUCUCAUCCAAAAAUUGGUGAAUUAAGUCUCAUUCAGCUCCUGUUUCUUGUCUUUAAUCUUCCGCUGAAGAGACAACAACAAAUCAACAAGUGGCAAUCAACUUUUAUAACUAUUGUUUAUUAAUCAUCAACAAAAUGAUGAUUUUUACCUUGUCUUCCUUUGCAAGGCUAAUGUCUUGAGAAAACAUCUUACACCAACAUCUAAAGUGUACAUUUUCAUGUUUGCUCUUGUACAAUUAACAUUGCAACAUUAACAGGUGACUUACAUCGUCUCAACACUGGUUUCACGGUGCCUCAGCUUAGGUUUUCACAUUGUGUUGGCCCAUAAUAGCUUGCAAAGUAGCUAUCAAAUAGUUGACAAACCACAAUAAUCUAGGAAAACUUUCGUGUAUCAUCAAAAAGGAGGGAAAAACAAUUGACCUGUUAUUAGCAAAAUGAAGCAACGGAAAACAAUCAGUGAAGAAAUUAGUGACCUUCGAAUGUGGUUUGAUGAAGAAUACGGCGAUGAACCUGGAAUUUGCGAUCAAAUUGAUUACAAGAGAGUUAUGAAUAAUGAUUGGUUGGUCAAACGGUUCAUUUUGAGCAAUGAAAAUGGACCAGUCAAAGGACUGGAAUGCUUGAAACAAUACCUUGCCUGGCGGAAAGCAAAUCGUGUCAAUUACUUCAACCAAUUGGUAAUUCCUCGUGAGAUAUAUAAUCUGGCACCAGUUUUCCAAUAUCUUCCUGAUUAUCGAGACAAUAAUGUGCUUUACAUCCGUGGAAAUAUACUCAUGAAACUGACUGACUUGAGCGAUAUUGUACGAACUCUUCUGAUUCAUAAUAUUGACAGAAUCGAUGGAUCUUCAGAGCGUGUCGCUUCUUGGGGGUUGGUUGUUGAUGUCACUGGAUCCGAUUAUUCCCAAUUAAACUCAUCAUGGCUACAAGAGGCAAACACAAUAAUCUCAAAUUAUUAUCCUCUUGGAAUGCGAUACAUGUUAAUUUAUGGGGCGUCUCGAAUGCUCAGAAUGUUUGGGAAAAUGAUUGGUUUUGGUGGCUUACAAUUUGUGGACUCUAAAGGUAUUCUAGAUUUCAUUCCAGCUUCUAACUUACCCGAUUUCAUUGGAACUGGUGUUUUUUCCAAGACAAAUUAUCAUAGAAUUCCUAAGGAAGCCAAACCCUUAAAAGAAAUGGCACUGAAUAUUGACGAAGCAAAAAUUAACAGCAUUCUGGAAACCAUCAAACCACUUCUUAUCGAUGAAAAACAGUGUGUAAUUGUCGAUGAAUAUUGAGCUGAUAUGGCCGUUAAAUUUUUGACCAGCUUUCUCUUUCAAUAUCUCUGUUCGUACCAGAACAUUAAUAUUUAUUCCAGUUUCAAUGUAUCCAUCAAUGGAGAGUACAACUCACAGAUCUUUCAUUGACUAACCUCGCCCUUUAUCUAUCGAGCAAAAUCUUCAAUUCCGCCAUUUAUCUAUCUCAAGUUAAAGCAAAUCAAUUACAUAUCCACUGAUAUUUGCUUGAAAUUUUGAUAUCAAGCAACUUGACUCAUAUUAUUUUAUUUUAAUACCAAUUUUUGUUUUUUUGUAUUUUUUACAAGUAUUUUUGUUAUUGACUGUUCCUUUUGUUACUAUUUAACUUUUAACCAUCAUUAAACAUUUGUUGCUAAUUCAA